UAUGUAGAUGGCGUGAUGUAGAAACAGUGGAACAUGUUUUGAUUAAAUGUAGAAAGUAUGAAAGCCAAAGAAGAUUAUUAAAAACGGAACUAGGUGUUGGUAGGGAAUUAAAAUUUGAGAAGGUGAUCGAUCAGCUGAAUAGUAUUGAGGGGAAAAAGAAGAUUUUUUGUUUUUUAAAAAAACAAUGGGAUCUUUAAGAGAAUUUGAGGUGUUGACGAUAGGAGUCAAUAGAGGGCAGUAGUGCAACGAAUUGGAUGCAAGUUGCCGUUAAAACCAGAAGAAGAAGAAGAAGAAGAAGAAGAAGAAGAAUGUUGUUGUACUGUAGGGAGCGGAACGCACCUCUAAAGUUAUUUGUAAUCUGAAAAGAAGAAGAAUGAAACCAAGGAAACUGUCCUGAAUGUCGAAACAUUCAUAUAUUUCUGUUUUGUCUUCGCAAGUCCAUAAGAAAAAGAAAAUGACUGACGCUGGUUGUUGGGAGCCGGAUCGCAUCCAGCCGGACUUAUUAAUGUCUACAGACGAAACCUCUGGAAGAGGAGAUUCCUCCAACACCUUCUUCAUCGAGACCAGUUCUGGAAAUCACGUCCCUUGGUCCGUCUGUGUGAACCUUGAGUCCACCAUCAUUGUUUUUCCUGCAGAUGAUAAGCAGAUGGUCAAAGAAGAAGCCCCAGAAGACCAAAAAAACUAUGUGUACCUGCAUGACCCAAAGCCCUGCCACAUAAAAGAGGAAGAGGAGAGAGUCUGGAUCAGUCAGGGGGAAGAGGUGCGAAAUGUGAAGGAGGAAAUAGAAAGGGCCAUAAAGAGUGAGGAUGAUAAACAGUCCCCUCUGCUUUCACAGCUUUAUCAAAACCAAAUUAAAGCCAGAGAACUUCCAGAAGGAAACAAUGGCGGAGAUUUCAUCAAGACAGAAGAUCAUGAAGAUGAUUUCAACUUUUUAGAGUCUGAAGACACCAAGAAAGAGGAAGAGGAUGAUGAUGUGGUGCUGAAACACUUGUCAGAUUCUGGACUGAAAACUAAAGGCAUGGCCAGAGCUCCUGAGUCAGAUGGAGAACUUGUUAGCAAACCAAAUUCAGAAAUAGCGUCUCCAGGGUUGCUGGAUAUUAAGAAAUGUUUUAAAAAGAACAAAAAUUGUGACUCACGAAGGAAGGUCAAAACAGGAGAGAAGUUGAGCUGUGAAGACUGUGGCAAAACAUUUAUUAAAAAACAGAAUUUAAACAUACACAUGAGAAUUCACACAGGAGAGAAACCUUUCUGUUGCGACGUCUGUGGACAUAAAUUUACUGAAAAAUCUAAUUUAAAUAGACACAUGAGAAUCCACACAGGACAGAAAACUUUCUGUUGUGAUCUUUGUGGAGAUACAUUUAACCAAAAAUCACAUUUAAACACACAUAUGUUAAUCCACACAGGACAGAAGCCUUUCUGUUGUGAGAUCUGUGCACAUUGCUUUAACCAUNCACAUUGCUUUAACCAUAAAUCUAGUUUAAACACACACAUGAGAACCCACACAGGUCAGAAGCCCUUCUGUUGUGAUGUCUGUGGACAUAAAUUUGGCCGAAAACAAAAUUUAAACACACAUAUGUUAAUACAUACGAGAUAGAAGCCUUUCUGUUGUGAGAUCUGUGGACAUCAAUUUUGCCGAACAGCACAUUUAAACACACACAUGAGAAUCCACACAGGACAGAGAACUUCCAGAAGAAAACAAUGUAGGACAAUCCAUCAAGACAGAAGAUCAUCAAAAUGGUUCCAUGUCCUUAGAGUGUGAAUACACCAAGGAAGAUGAAGAGGACAAUGAUGUAGAGCUGAAACACUUGUCAGACUCUGGACUGAAAACUAAAGGCAUGGCCAGAGCUCCUGAGUCAGAUGGAGAACUUGUUAGCAAACCAAAUUCAGAAAUAAGCUCUCCAGGGUUGCUGGAUAUUAAGAAAUGUUUAACAGAGAAACAAAAUUGGUGACUCACGAAGGAAGGUCAAAACAGGAGAGUUUAACUGUGAAGACUGUGGCAACACAUUUAUUAAAAAACAGAAUUUAAACACGCAUAAAAAUUCACACAGGACAGAAACCUUCCUGUUGUGAUCUCUGUGGAUACAGAUUUGGCCGUAAAUCACAUUUAAACUCACAUAUGAGAUUCCACACGGGACAGAAA